AUGCCUCCACCGUCUGCUGCCCAGCAGAAGGUUCUCAUCGCCCAGUUCGUAGCUCUGACUGGUCAAUCAGAGCGACAGGCUACCCGCUACCUCAAGAAUGCCGGUUUCAAGCUCAACGAAGCUGUUGAUACUCACUCAAGCACAGUCCGGCCAGCCAAGAAGAUGGGAUGGAAAAGUUUCAAGAAGCGCAUUACGACCGGGGUUCCUAUCUUGUCCUCUACCAAAGAGGCCGGCAAAGAUACCCCUGGUUCGUCUCAUCAGACGGAAUCCGAACAAACACCAAAUAAUUCGAACUCUCGGUUCUUUUCAUCCAACGGAGACACCAAGGGCCCAUCGCCUUUGGAGGUAUCGCUAGACAAGCUAUUCUCUCAACUGCAAGACUCUAGCGAUGAAAAAGACAAACUGGAGCUCGACUCCACAAUGUCAUACCUCACUGAGAAGCUGCGAGUCAACAUCGAGAACGCCGAGCUACUUGUUGCGCUUGAACUUCUCCAGGCUCCCUCUGUGGGUGUCAUUACCAGAAAGGGAUACGUUGAUGGCUGGAAAGUGACCGGGGCUGGAACGACACAUCAAGAGCAUGCCGCCCAUCUCCGAAAACUGACCAAAUCUCUCUCCUCUGACCCGACGCUAUUCAAAAAGGUUUAUAGACAUACCUUUGUUGCUGGUCGAGAUGGCGACCAGAAAGCACUGAACCUUGAGACUGCGCUCGUUUACUGGGACAUCCUAUUUGCCCCUCCGGGAAUGGAGUGGAAGACACCAAACCGCAACUGGUUGGAACUGUGGAAGUCCUUCCUCGAUGCCAAAUGGACUCGUUCGGUCAACAAGGACAUGUGGAACAUGACACUCGAGUUCGCCCUCAAGUCUUUGUCUGACGAGUCACUAUCAUUUUGGAAUGAGGAUGGCGCGUGGCCAAGUGUGAUUGACGACUUUGUGGAUUGGUGUCGUGAACAGGGCAUUGGUAAGACCGAUGGCAUGGACGUUGACAACUAG